AAAAUUAGCGAGUCUGGUAAAUAUAUUAACGGUGAAAGUGAUUGGUAGUAGUACUUAGUCGAAAGCUUUUGUUGUGAUCAACAAAUACGCGUCAAUAGUGAAUUAUAUGGUAUACAAAUAAAUAGUCACGUGUUACGACGAAUCAGUUACCGAAAAAGGACUUUUUUUGUUAUAAACAACUCGACCAAUUACCAGGAAAUACUUAUAUGUCAUUAUCUUUGUUGGAAACUUUUUUAUUUAUAAAUAUGGCACAAAAUUCUUGGAAUACCCUGUAUUUAAUAGUCAUAACGUCUUCCUGUAAUUUUUCAUUUGAUUCAUUUGAUAUUCGAUAUGAAAUGUGUUAUUUUUAUUGUUCUAAUUACACAGGGUCAAUAGAAAUUAUUGCUUUAUUGGAAAACGAAGUUUUUGAAAUUUUUUAUAAUUUUUUUUCGUUAUAAUUAGGUCAGUAUUAUACUGAAAACACUGUUUACACCACCACCACACCAAUUUUAUUGUGCUAGACCAUUUUCGGUUGUUCUACAACAUUCAAUACGUUUUUGAGUCACUUUCGUAUCGUUCUAGAACAUUCUAGUCGACUUUGUAUCAUUCUAAGAUUGUUCAAGAACAACUGGGAUUGUUCUGUAUCGUUUUAGAACAUUUUCGUUCGUUCUAGAACAUUCAACAUGUUUUUGAUUCCCCCUUGUAUCGUUCUACAUAAUUCUAGAACAUUAUAGAACAGUCUAAUCCACUCUGUAUCAUUCUAAGAUUGUUUUAGAAUAACUGGGAUUGUUCUGUAUCGUUUUAGAACAUUUUCGUUCGUUCUAGAACAUACAACAUGUUUUUGAUUCCCCCUUGUAUCGUUCUACAUAAUUCUAGAACAUUAUAGAACAGUCUAAUCCACUCUGUAUCAUUCUAAGAUUGUUUUAGAAUAACUGGGAUUGUUCUGUAUCGUUUUAGAACAUUUUCGUUCGUUCUAGAACAUUCAACAUGUUUUUGAUUCCCCCUUGUAUCGUUCUACAUAAUUCUAGAACAUUAUAGAACAGUCUAAUCCAUUCUGUAUCACUCUAAGAUUGUUUUAGAACAUCCGGGAUUGUUCUGUAUCGUUUUAGAACAUUUUCGUUCGUUCUAGAACAUUCAACAGGUUUUUGAUUCCCCCUUGUAUCGUUCUACAUAAUUCUAGAACAUUAUAGAACAGUCUAAUCCACUCUGUAUCACUCUAAGAUUGUUUUAGAACAUCCGGGAUUGUUCUGUAUCGUUUUAGAACAUUUUCGUUCGUUCUAGAACAUUCAACAGGUUUUUGAUUCCCCCUUGUAUCGUUCUACAUAAUUCUAGAACAUUAUAGAACAGUCUAAUCCACUCUGUAUCACUCUAAGAUUGUUUUAGAACAUCCGGGAUUGUUCUGUAUCGUUUUAGAACAUUUUCGUUCGUUCUAGAACAUUCAACAGGUUUUUGAUUCCCCCUUGUAUCGUUCUACAUAAUUCUAGAACAUAACAGAACAUUCUAGUCGACUCUAUAUCAAUCUGAGGUGAUUUUAGAACAUCUGGGAUUGUUCUGUAUUGUUUUAGAACAUCUGGAAUUGUUCUGUAUGGUUUUAGAACAUCUGGGAUUGUUCUGUAUUGUUUUAGAAUAUCUGGGAUUGUUCUGUAUUGUUUUAGAAUAUCUGGGAUUGUUCUGUAUUAUUUCAGAACAUCUGGAAUUGUUCUGUAUUGUUUAGGAACAUCUGUGAUUGUUCUGUAUCGUUUCAUAACAUCUGGGAUUGUUCUAGAACAUUAUAGAACAUUCUAGCCGACUCUGUAUCACUCUAAGAGUCUCUGAAGAUGAUAACUUGGUUAUCGAAUUUUCGUUUUGGUGUAGUGGUGGUGAAAAUAGUGUGUUCAGUAUGAAUAUCACCAACGGUUUCCGAAAUUCCAGCUUAGUUGGAUGACUUUUAGUAGAAAUUUCAUAACCUAUCCUUUGAAUUUAAUAUUAAAUGUUGAAAUAUUAUUUAGUAUCAAAAUAUCAGAAGCUUGGAGAUCUUUUAAUAUAUUUCAUGUUAUCAUUUAAGUUUAUCUGUUAUAUUUCUGAAAUAGACAUACUUUUGAAAGAUAAGAUAAUUGUUUUUAAUGCAUCUUUAGAUAAUUCGAUUUUUUUAAAAUAAUUUCCACGUUAUUCGACGUGAUAAAAUCUAUGGAUAAAGUUGGUGUAAUUAAGAACAAAUUUUUUUUGAGAAACAUGUUCGAUCCAGAUUUAACGAUGGCGGCAUGUAACAAUUCAUUGACAGCCACAUUGAGUAACGUCAGCGGGGGCGUUAACGCACUCAGCCAACAAUGCGCCAUCUGCGGCGACAGAGCUACCGGCAAACACUACGGAGCCGCCUCCUGCGACGGUUGUAAAGGCUUUUUCAGAAGAUCCGUUAGAAAGAAUCAUUUAUAUACAUGCAGAUUCAAUAGGAAUUGCGUCGUGGAUAAAGACAAGAGGAACCAAUGCAGAUAUUGUCGGUUGAGGAAGUGCUUCAAGGCCGGCAUGAAAAAAGAAGCCGUGCAGAACGAACGGGAUCGAAUCAGCUGCAGGAGACCCAGUUACGAGGAGAACAACCAAAAUAACGGUUUGUCCGUGGGAUCGUUACUCAACGCAGAAAUGCUCUCCAGACAAGUGGGAGCUGCUUUAGAGCAAAUGGAUACAAAUCCUGUGAACGAUUACGAUAUUUCGAAUAGGCAAUUGGCAAGUAUCAAUGACGUUUGCGAUUCAAUGAAACAGCAGUUGUUGAUAUUGGUGGAAUGGGCGAAAUACAUACCGGCUUUUACGGAAUUGCAAUUGGACGAUCAGGUGACUCUACUCCGCGCGCACGCUGGGGAGCAUCUAUUACUGGGUCUAGCAAGAAGAUCGAUGCAUUUGAAAGACGUUCUUUUAUUAGGGAACAACUGUAUAAUGACCAAAGAAUGUCCAGAUAUGAGCAUAUCCAGAAUCGGUAGCCGAAUCAUCGACGAACUCGUCAAACCGAUGAACGAACUCCAAAUCGACGAUACCGAAUUCGCUUGCCUCAAGGCCAUCGUAUUCUUCGAUCCAAACGCCAAGGGUUUGACGGAACCGAGUCGGAUCAAGUCAUUGAGAUACCAGAUUCAAAUAAACCUGGAGGAUUAUAUCAGCGAUCGACAGUAUGACAGUAGGGGGAGAUUCGGCGAACUGCUGCUCACUUUACCAGCCCUACAAUCGAUUACCUGGCAUAUGAUCGAACAAAUUCAAUUUGCCAAAUUGUUCGGAGUUGCCCAUAUCGAUAGUUUACUACAGGAAAUGUUACUCGGAGGAACAAGUAUCGAAACAACGACCCCUACCAUAGUAGUACCGAACAACAUGAACAACAACAACAAUUAUCAGAGUACCAGCGAUUCAGCCGACAGUCCCAUCACUUCUCCAACGACGACCCCUCACAGUCCACAAGAUCACAUGAUCAACACCAACGUUUCGAGUCCUCCCGGAACGGUAGCUCCAUCUACAGUACUCACGAUGCGAGAUAUCACCCCUUUAGACGACACCGUCCAUUUUCCUAUUUCCGUUAAGGAAGAACCCCUCAAAGACGAACAACACGGUUUUAUGGUGAAAUUUUUAAAGUAGAACAAAGGAAAUGAAUAAUCGGACUAUUUUAUUUUUUAAUAGAACAAUGUAUCGUUGUUUUCGGUCGGUAUGAGUGUCAAUUUGACAGUUCAUGUCUAAGUUAGAAAAAGAAUUGGUACGGCAUUAAUUCUAUAUCAUAUAACAAUCAUAUUGAUUGGUCUUUAGUUACCUGUAUGAGCGAGGAUUGGUUUUAAGACUGAUUUUUAAUAAGUACCUGUGUUCUUAAUACGUUCUGAAUGCUUUUUGAAUGGAACAAACCCAAUUUGUCUAUUUCAAUCUUAUAGGAACAAAUUUCGAGCUCUCUGAGCGACACAUACACAUUUCUACACCGAUUUUGAUUGUUCUUAAUACGUUCUGAAUGUUUUUUGAAUGGAACAAACCCAAUUUGUUUAUUUCGAUCUUCUAGGAACAAAUUUCUAGUUCCCGGAACGACUUAUACACAGUUAUACAUCGAUUUCGUUCGUUUUUAAUAUGUUCUGAAUGUUUUUUGAUAUGGAACAAACUUCAUCAUCUAAGAGCAAAUUUUGAGCUCUCGGAACAAAAGAUAGACAGUUCUACACAGAUUUUAGUUGAUCUUGAUAUGUUCUGAUCGUGUUUUGACAAAUAACAAACUUAAUUUCCAUAUUUCGAGCUCCUAGGAACAAGUUUAGAGCUCUUGGAACAAAAUAAACGCAGAUCCACUCCGAUUUUGUUUGUUCUUAAUAUGUUCCGAAUUUUUUUUUACACUGAGCAAACUUCUUUGUCUAUGUAGAGAAAAUUUUGAGCUCUCGGUGCAAAAGACAGUUUCACACCGAUAUUAAUUGAACUUGAUAUGUUCUGAUCGUUUUUUGAUAAAGAACAAACCUAAUUUCUUCAUUUCGAUCUUAUAGAAGCAACAACAGAAGCUCUAUGAACAAAAUAAACACAAAUCCACACCGAUUUCGUUUGUUUUUCACGUUUUUGACAAGGAACAAACACAAUUUUUCGAUUUAAGUUGCCUACGAACAAAUCUCGAGCUUUUGUAACUAAACUUAUACAAAUCCAUCGAUUUAAUUUGUUCUUAAUUUUGUUCUUUAUGUUUUUGUCGACGAGCAAACUAAAUUCAUCACUUCAGAACAAACCGUGAGUUAUAAUACUAAUUAUUUUUGUUCUUAAUGUUGUUCUGGUUGUUUUUAAGGUAGAACAACUUUUUAAUUUGUUCUUAAUUUUGUUCUUUAUGUUUUUGUCGACGAGCAAACCAAAUUCAUCAUUUCAGAACAAACCGUGAGUUAUAAUACUAAUUAUUUUUAUUCUUAAUGUUGUUCUGGUUGUUUUUAAGGUAGAACAACUUUUUAAUUUGUUCUUAAUUUUGUUCUUUAUGUUUUUGUCGACGAGCAAACCAAAUUCAUCAUUUCAGAACAAACCGUGAGUUAUAAUACUAAUUAUUUUUAUUCUUAAUGUUGUUCUGGUUGUUUUUAAGGUAGAACAACUUUUUAAUUUGUUCUUAAUUUUGUUCAGACCAAGCACACACCCAAAUUCUCUACAUUAGCCACCUCAGAAUAAACUUGUAGUUCUAAAUUCAAAUGAAUCGCACGUCUAGGGUUUCUUUUUGAUGUUCUGUGGAUGCCUAAAGUCGCCCCAAAUAGCAGAUUUGAACCAGGUACUUCGUUUCUUGUUUUCUAGUCACCAUCAUCGACAAUAUCGAUAUAAACCGCUCGAGGCUGUGUUUUUAGUUCGACGUUUCCGACCUUAUCGUCGAUUCUGUUAAUGUUGCAGACAUUUUGAGCGUGUGUGUGUGUGUAUGUGUGUGUGUGCGCGUGCGCGUGCGCCAUCGAUAUGUUCGUUAACGAAUAAUAUUCGUAAAUAAAUGUCGAUAUAAUUUUGCUCAAUAACGUAAAAGGUAGAAGGGAAUUUAGUUUUUGAUAAAUAUAAUGGAAUGGUUAUAGUACGUUUGCCAAUAGUAGAUGUAGUGUUAAGGGUUUAUUAUUAUAAAUACUCGGGGAUGUAUAUUCAGUGAUAUUGAGCGAGUUUUUUUGACCCGAAAAUGAUUUACGUGGGGAAAAAGGGUAAUUUCGAUAAAAAGGUAAGGCCCUGCUCGUAAAUAUCGGUGGUAAGGUACCUUUUUGUACGAAACUCGGUUAUAUAUGAGAUUUUUUUAUCGAAAACUUCUAAAAAUGGGGUCUUUAAGCUAUCGUAGACAAACUUUGGAUCUUUUUAAAUAAAACUGAAUCUGAAUUAGCUGAAUAUGGGAGUUUUUACACAAAAUUUAGUUAAUAAUGGGACCUACUGAUCGAAAUGUUCCGAGGAUGAGGGUUUUUAACAAUCGCAGAUAAAGAUGGGACCUUUUUAUUUGAAACUUAGCUAAAUAUGGGACCUUUAACGUGAAAAUUAGCUAAGAAUGGGACCUGGGACCUUUUCCGUAGAAUAUAAGUAAAAACAUACUAGUCGAAAUGGUUAGAGAUGAGGUCAUUUAACUUAGCUAAAGAUGGGACGUUUUUACAUGACAAUUUUUUCGCAUGAAAUUUGGCUAAAGAUGAGUCUUGGGAACAGAGACGUUUUGAGGAUGGAGUUUUCGAAGAAUCGUUGACGAAGAUCGGACAUUUUACAUAAAACUUAGCUAAAAAUUGGAUUUUCACGCAAACCAUAGCUAAAAUGAGGGACCUUUUAACGUAAAACUUAACUAAAAAUGGUUCGUUAGUCAAAUAUGGGACCAUUUUAUGUAGAACUCAGCUAAAAUGGGACCUUUUUACAUAAACUUUAGCUAAACAUAGAACUUUUUACGUAGAAUUUAACUAAAAUAAACCGUUAACUAAAUAUGGGACCUUAUUACGUAAAGUUUAGCUAAAAAUGGAACUUUUUACAUAAAUCUUAGCUAAAUAUGGGGCUUUUUUACGUAAAACUCAACUAAAAUAGACCGUCAACUAAUUAUGGAACCUUUUUAUAUUAAGUUUACCUAAAUAUGGGACCUCUUUACAUAAACUUUAGCUAAAUAUAGGACUUUUUACGUAAAUAUUAGCGAAAUAUGGAACUUUUUUAUGUAGACCUUAACUAAAAUAAACCGUUAACCGACUAUGGGACCUUAUUACGUAAGAUUUAGCUAAAUAUGGAACUUUUUACAUAAAUCUUAGCUAAAUAUUGGCCUUUUUACGUAGAACUUAACUAAAAUAAACAGUCAACUAAAUAUGGGAACUUUUUACAUAAACUUUAGCUAAAUAUGGGACCUUUUUACACAGAACUUAACUAAAAUAAACCAUUAACCAAAUAUUUGACCUUAUUUCGUAAAGUUUAGCUAAAUAUGGGACUUUUUUACGUAGAAUUUAGCUAAAAUAAACCGUUAACUAAAUAUAGGACCUUUUUAGAUAAACCUUAGCUAAAUACGAUCUUUUUACAUAAAUAUUAGCUAAAUAUGGGCCUUUUUACGUAAAACUCAACUAAAAUAAACCGUCAGCUAAAUAUGGGACCUUUUUACAUAAACUUUAGCUAAAUAUAGGACUUUUUACAUAAAUAUUAGCUAAAUAUGGGACCUUUUUACGCAGAACUUAACUAAAAAUGGGACUAACGUGAAACUGAAUUAAAAAUGGGAACAUUAAAAACAAAAAGAAAAGAAAAACGAGCUUUUAUCACUGAUAAUAUCAUUUUAGACGUACCUGCCCUUAUUAAAUGAAAAUGUUGAUAUUUCAUAGAUAAUUUUUUGUCGUUGAAAUCGUUUUCAAAUACUUAUAUACGAUAUAACAUAAGGUAGUUAAUCGGUUGUUGUUAUUUUUUUUUAUUAUCAAUUUUGAUGGAUCAAAUUUUAGCCUGGAGAUGGUACUACAAUUUUUUUAUAUAGAUAUAUAUAUUAAUAUAUAAUGUAUAUUGGAUGAAUUAAAUUAAUUAUGUUACCGAUCGACUUUUUCAUUCAAAAAACGUCCACAAAUUACUCCUAUCCCCACGAUGGCGAGAAAAAAAUACGUCGAAAUGUCAAAUUUGUUUAAUUUCGAAAAAAUAACGCGUAAAUAUCGAUUUACCCUCGUAGAUUUUUUUCUAGAUAAAUUUUUUUAUAGUAUUUUCAACAAUACGUAAUAAAAUUUCGAUAAUGGGAUGUUUUCAAUAUAUAUUGAAAGAUUUGUAACAAUUUUCUUAAACGUUUCCUACCAUGUUGUCUGUUCGUUCGAUAUUUUUGAUCUUAGCCGUCGUCUGCGCCUUGACGGCCGCCAGACCACUGGAAAAGGAAGAAGAUAUCGGGGAAGAAGAAUCUCUAAGAGGACUUCAUUUGUUUUAUAGGAUCAAGGAGGCACUGAAACGUUUCAAAUCGGCUAAAUCGGAUCCGAUAAUAAAUGGCAUUCCUGUACCGAUAAUGAAUGCGGGUUAUUAUCCACCUGUCAAUAAUUACCCACUACCACCACCUGUCAAUUCUUAUCCAUAUGCCAAUAACUACCCCCGUCCAUAUCCUUACUGAUAUCCUCAAGGAUAUUAACAUUUAAUUUUGAUUUUUGAGAAAAAAAUUCAAUAAAAUUAUGAGAAAUACGAAUAA